AUGCCCCCCAAGGCGAGGCAGCAGGUCGAAGCCGUGUCCCUCGGGCCUCAGGUCCGUGAGGGCGAGAUCGUUUUCGGUGUGGCCCACAUCUAUGCCUCCUUCAACGACACCUUUGUGCAUGUCACCGACCUCUCCGGUCGGGAGACCAUCAUGCGUGUGACGGGCGGCAUGAAGGUCAAGGCCGACCGCGAUGAGUCCUCGCCCUACGCGGCGAUGCUUGCGGCACAGGACGUGGCCGCCCGCUGCAAGGUAACCUGUACUCCUUGUGGGUCUGUAAAUUCUCACAAAGACUUAACAUGGCGACGGCUCAAGAACAACGGCUUGUUCGAGCAACUUUCAACUCCUCCAGCCAUGACUCUUGACACGAUGCCCGCUGAAGCUCAAACUCUUGUGUUGAAGGUCGGAACUUCGACGAUCAUGACCUCCGACGAGCGAGGGCAGCGGGUGAACGUCGCGAAUCUUUCGAGGUUGGUGGAAGUCAUCGCCGAUCUCUCCUACAAAGGGUUCAAAGUCGUCCUUGUCUCUUCUGGAGCCGUUGGCAUGGGUUGCCGCGAGCUGGGAUUGAAGCAGAAGCCCACUACUCCUGCGCUGAAGCGCGCUGUCGCUGGGGUCGGCCAAAGCCGCAUCAUGCGCGUGUAUUCUGAGCUCUUCGAGACUGUAGGGCUGAAAAUGGCGCAGCUUUUGGUGAGUCAGCGCGAUUUCUUGGAGCAGCAACGCUGGGCCGAAAUCCGUGACACGAUUGCAGCAUGUCUCGAAGCCAACGUGGUCCCAAUCAUCAAUGAGAACGACACCACCAACACAGAUGGCAUGCGCUUCGGUGACAACGACAACCUUGCAGCCCUGACUGCGGUGCAGCUGGGAGCUGCUGGAGUGUUCCUCUUCACUGAUGUGGACUACCUCUACACAGCGAACCCCAAUGUGGAUCCCUCGGCUGAGCCCAUGAGGGUGGUCAACGAGGCAUUCGAGCUGGACGUCGACACCCGCGAGCCGGGGUCUUCUUUGGGCACUGGCGGCAUGGCAACCAAGGUGUCUGCAGCCCGGACGGCCCAUUGUGCCGGCAUCCCCUGUGGCAUCUUGCACGGCAGAUUCCCCGAACGAAUUUUCAGUUUCUUGAACAGGCUGGAAGAGGACGGUGACGCCACGCGGAACUCUCCGAAAACACAGGCAGUGGUAAGUUCUACCAUCAGCGAGGCGGGCAGCGCUGAGCCCGAGCCGGAAGGCACCCUCUUCGCAGCGCGGGAAGGUGAGCAGAGAACGGAAGCCGAACGCUGGAUUCUCAGCCUUCCCGUCGUCGGAGACGUGGAUGUGAAAAAUCCCGAGAGCCUCGAGAACCUGAGCUCUGCCGAUCUUCGAACGACGCUGCUGGCGGCGGCUGCCGACAGCUUAGAUGGUCUUCAGAGCCUGUCUAGCAUCGCCCACGAUGGAGGGAUCAGGAUUUUCCACCAGAAUUCCGAAGUGGCAAGGAUGCGGGUCAGCCUGGACGAGGAGGGAGCCUGCAUCCCGGACCCCGAACCGGAGCAGAGCAUCGUGCUCACGCCCGCAGCAGAGGCCCUCUGCUGA